GGAGGAUGGAGGAUGGAGGGAAGGAGGUCGGGGCACGUAGGUGUGGGGCCAGGGGCCCUGGUGGUGUAAUAGGGACAUGGUGGGUGUAAUAGGGACAUGGGUGCACAGCGACAUGGGGCUGUGCAGGGCUACGCAGGGACACGGGGUGCAGGGGAAGCCCUCGUGCCCUUCAUGCACAGUGUGCAGCCCAUUUCCCAGCCGCACUGCCCAGCACCAGGCCUGGAGCUCACACCCCAGCCCUUCUCCCACCCCCUGCUCCUGCACUGUGCCCCCGGCUCCAUGUCCCCACAGCCGGUCCUGUUGGCGGCACUGUGAAGGUGGCCCCGGCCAUCUCCAGGAGGAAACGCAGCUGCUGCUUUGAGUCAGAAACUCAGAAAAGGGGAACUGAAAGGGUGGGGUUGGCCGGCCCCGUUCUUCCUCCCUGCACGGCAGACCCCAUUGCGGGCCCCGCGCCGUGUCCCUACAGCUGCCCUGGGCCGCUCGGGGCAGGCGUGGAGCAGCGGGCGCAGCCGUUGGGGCGGCCGGGAGGGCCCGUGUCCUCACUGCAUCCUCUGGGAUAGUGACCUGUCCAUUCUGCCCACUGCUGCUGGGGGUGAUGUAGUUGCUGCUACACAAGGUCCGGCUGCAGGCAGGUGUUGGGCUGAGCAAGAGCUGUGUCAGUGUCACCCUGCACACAGCAACCCGGGGAGCACGGCGAGGAAGCAGUUGGGGUAGCCAACAUGGCCAGCAUCAUCCUGGAGAGCAUCUUCUUGAAGCGCUCGCAGCAGAAGAAGAAAACAUCUCCCCUCAACUUCAAGAAGCGCCUGUUCCUGCUGACAGAGAGCAAGCUGUCCUACUACGAGUAUGACUUUGAGCGUGGGCGUCGAGGCAGCAAGAAGGGCUCGGUGGACAUUGAGAAGAUCACCUGUGUGGAGACGGUGGUGCCCGAAAACAAUCCUCCUCCUGAGCGGCAGGUCCCGAGGAAAGGGGAGGAUUACAACAUGGAGCAGAUCUCCAUCAUUGAGCGGUUCCCCUACCCCUUUCAGGUGGUGUAUGACGAGGGGCCCCUCUAUGUCUUCUCCCCGACAGAGGAGCUGCGCAAACGCUGGAUCCAUCAGCUGAAGAGCGUUAUCCGAUACAACAGCGACUUGGUGCAGAAGUACCAUCCCUGCUUCUGGAUCGAUGGCCAGUACCUGUGCUGCUCCCAGACAGCCAAGAACGCCAUGGGCUGCAAGAUCCUGGAGAGCAGGAAUGGCAGUUUAAAAGCUGGGCGGUCACAUCGCAAAACAAAGAAGCCUCUUCCCCCCACUCCUGAGGAGGACACGAUGGUGAUGAAGCCCCUGCCCCCUGAGCCAGCCCCCAGUGCAGCAGGCGAAAUGAAAAAGGUGGUGGCCCUGUACAACUACGUGCCAAUGAAUGUGCAGGACCUGCAGCUGCAGAAGGGUGAGGAGUACCUCAUCCUGGAGGAAAGCCACCUGCCCUGGUGGAAAGCCCGUGACAAAAAUGGAAGGGAAGGAUACAUCCCUAGCAACUAUGUCACCGAAACCAGCAAUUCCCUGGAGAUUUAUGAGUGGUACUCAAAGAAUAUCACUCGGAGCCAAGCAGAGCAACUGCUGAAGCAGGAGGGUAAAGAAGGGGGCUUCAUUGUCCGAGACUCUACCAGCAAGACAGGGAAAUACACUGUCUCUGUUUAUGCCAAGUCCGCUGUAGACCCCCAAGGGAUGAUCCGCCAUUAUGUUGUAUGCUGCACCCCUCAGAAUCAGUAUUACCUGGCAGAAAAGCACCUGUUCAGCACCAUCCCAGAGCUCAUCAUGUACCAUCAGCACAACUCUGCCGGGCUCAUAUCCAGACUGAAGUAUCCCGUGUCUCGACACCGGAAAAGUGCCCCUUCCACAGCUGGCCUGGGCUAUGGGUCGUGGGAGAUUGACCCGAAGGACCUGACCUUCCUGAAGGAACUGGGGACAGGGCAGUUUGGCGUGGUGAAGUACGGGAAAUGGAGAGGUCAAUACAACGUAGCCAUCAAGAUGAUCAGGGAGGGCUCCAUGUCAGAGGACGAGUUUAUCGAUGAAGCCAAAGUCAUGAUGAACCUAUCUCAUGAGAAGCUGGUGCAGCUCUAUGGGGUCUGCACAAAGCAGCGUCCCAUCUUCAUCAUUACUGAGUACAUGGCCAAUGGCUGUCUCCUGAACUUCCUGAGGGAAACUCAGCGGCGGUUCCAGCCUGCUGAGCUGCUGGAAAUGUGCAAAGAUGUCUGUGAAGCUAUGGAGUACCUGGAAUCCAAGCAGUUUCUGCACCGAGACCUGGCUGCUCGCAACUGUUUGGUGAACGACCAAGGCAUUGUGAAAGUCUCAGAUUUUGGCCUUUCCAGAUACGUUCUGGAUGACGAGUACACAAGCUCCAUGGGGUCCAAGUUCCCAGUUCGGUGGUCUCCUCCUGAAGUGCUUCUGUACAGCAAGUUCAGCAGCAAAUCCGACGUGUGGUCGUUUGGUGUGCUGAUGUGGGAGGUUUACUCUUUGGGAAAGAUGCCUUACGAGAGGUUUAACAACAGCGAGACCACAGAGCACGUCAUCCAAGGCCUGCGCCUGUACAGGCCGCAGCAGGCCUCGGAGCGGGUCUACGCCAUCAUGUACAGCUGCUGGCACGAGAAGGCCGAGGAGCGUCCCACCUUCUCCACACUGCUGGGCAGCAUCGUGGACAUCACAGACGAAGAGCCGUGAGCGGCCCUAACCGCAGCUCUAACCGCGGCCCUUCCCGGUGCCGGUGGCUGGAACUACCGGGCCGUGGAUACGGGCAGCCCCGCUGUGCAGCCCCACACAACCCCACAAUAAACCGCUCCGAACGGC